UACCCCUUCAAAGAAGUGUCAUUUUGUUAUACAAGUAUUUAUAAAUGUCUUGUUUUAAGUUGAUGUUUUGAAUAGUACAUAAAUACAACUGUAACCUUUUCAUUACUUUUUCAGGCAUGAAUCCUUACAUGGUUCACACUGACACAGGGGAUCAAUACUACAAAUGUAACCAUGUAGGAUGUGAGGAGGAAAUUUUCAUAGUCCCCAAAGAUUUAAAUACACAUUUCCUUGAAGUGCAUGGACUGGAGAAGGGACUGUUGUGCAUCCUUUGUGAUAAAAGUUUUCGUAAUUUCAGGGAUUUUGGUAUCCAUAUUAUUAAACACACCGAUGAACAUCCAUUUAAAUGUAAACAUUGUGAGAAAAGAUUCCAGUCGAGCGAUCAGUUACGAGAUCAUCAACGACGCCACACUUCUGUGCCUUUCUAUGUUUGCGAUUUAUGUGGGAAAGGUUACACAAAAAAGCGUGAAAUGAACGAGCACAAAAUGUGCAAGCAUUUCAACCAGAAUCCAUAUGUUUGUGAAAUAUGUGGAAAAGGGUACCCUGGGAAGAUGAAACUGGAUCGACAUUAUCAAGUCCAUACUCGUCCAUUCCAGUGUAGCACAUGUGGUAAGGGUUUCGCCCGAAAAGGAACUCUUGAAAUUCAUAUGACGCAACACAUGGACAAAAAGCAAUUCAAAUGUGGAAUAUGUUUUCUAGAAUUCCGCAACACAACAACAGCAAAGAAACAUCUUAAUUUAAACCAUCAGAAGCAACCUCCAUAUCGUGACUUUAUUAUUGGACCAAAACCUCCUAUUCUUAAAGUAAAAACAAUUGAUGAACUUAAACAAAGUGAUCAAGAUAUUGAGACAAGCAUAGCAUAUGAUAAUAAUGAGAUAAUUACAUAGUGUGACAUGAGAUACUGUGAUAUUGAUGUUGGGAUAUGUAUUAUGUAAUACAGAGACAUAUACAGAGUGGGCCAAUAAAAAUUGGAACAUUUUUCUGUUUAAUCAAUUUUCUUAAUUAUUGCAGUUUAAUGCACAAAAAUUCAGAUAAUGGUAAAAUGAUUAUUUGUGAAAGUGUUAAAGAUAAAAUUAUGUAUGUAUAAUCAUUUUUGGCUUGUCAGGGUCAUGAUCUGUAAACAGUGUGUGUCAUGAAAAAAUUCUAAAUUUUCUCUGCUUGAGACAUCACUGCUAAAGUAUCUUUCAAACCACACAAUAUGAACCCUUCAAAUGGUCUCAACACGAUUUCCGUC